AUGGUCUCGCCAGUCGCGGCAGAGCGAGGCGCAGCGAAUCAAACAUGGCAGUCACUUCGUGAGUCAGUAGUGCCGGCGGCCACAGAAACCAAGUCCGUGGCUGACUCCAAGUCGGCAAUCUCGAGGGUCGACUCGUGGGUCGACGACCACCUGCUGGUGCCACCUCCCCCAGCCGAGCCCGAUAAGAGCGACGGCGACUUCGGCGACGUCGCAGAUGGUGUCGCCGACGGCGGUGUUCCCGCGGACCCGCUCACGCGAAAGGUCGCAGCGUUGGAGGUGGAGAACUGCGAGAUGACCGGGCGAGUCGCUGGGCUGGAGGCGAUGCUUCGCGAAAAGGAGCAGGAGUCGCACGAGCUGCGUCGUCAGCUGCUGGCGAUCACUCGCGCGCUGGAGGAGGGCAGCCACGCCGACACGCUGUCGCGCGCGGAGCUCCUCAACCAGGUGCUCAGCCUAGCCAAUCAGGUGAAAGAACUUUCCGACGAACGCGCGGCGCUGCUCAGCGCGCCUGGCGGCGUGGCAUUUAACUACGGCCUGGGGGGCGGGUCUAAGAAGUCCGUCGCUUCCGAAAAGGCCCCAGAAGAACAUCCCGUCGGAGAAUUUGCAGGUGUCGAGGAAGGAAGUUCUGCAGAUAUUGAGGACAAGCCGGAUGAGCCAGCAGCAGCGGAUGCUGCGCGGGUGUCGAGCUACCGUCCUCCGCCGGCAGAGGCUCUGGUACCCGCGUCUGCUGCGGAAGAAGAGGAUCAUGGCACGGAGCCGCUGUCCUCGGCGCCGUCAGUGGCGCCGUCGAUGACGCCUUCGCGGCCGGGCACGUCUCUCUCGUCGCGAUCGCAGCAGCUCAUUCCGCGAUCGUACACCAUGCCUGUCCUCGCCCCGUCGGGACCGUCGUCCCAAUCACGCCUGUCGGCGCUCCCCAUGUCAAUAGUACCGUACGACCCCGCUACUGCCGCCGAGAGCAUGGCAAAUGUAACGGCGCCGAUUGCAGGGGCUAUUGUUCCGUACCAGCCGCCGGGCGGUAGUCUAGUGGCAGGGGAAGUUGAAGGCUCGGAAAGCGCAGUUGUAACGUACAUGCCCCCAACGGGCCCCAGCGUUCGAUCCAAUCCGUUCGACCGGCCGAACACGUACGAGAUGAACCGCCCGCAGGCAUCGGGGCCGAGCGCGAAGCCGAGUCGCGUGCAGAGCUUCGUGCCGUCGACUGUCCCUGAAACGGCAGCUGAAGGAGCCACGUCCGGCCUCGGCGCAAUGCGCGGGGCGAUUGCGACGCUGAUUCGUUGCGGGACGCGUCCAGAGGUCCGCGAGAUUCAGAUUCGGCACCUGGAGAAGCUGAACCGGUCCAAGCGGGUGACCCCAGAGGAUAUCUUCGCUGCUAUUCAGUCGAGAUGCCUCACCAUUCUGGCGCAGGUGGAACCUCCUUCAGGAUUUAACAUUCUGGGCGUGAAGGUCAAGAUUCCCCGCAAACUCACCUCCAUCUCUUCCUCCAUCUCCCUCACCUCUACCUCCUCCGCCUCUACCACUCCUUCCAACAUCCGGGUCACCGACUCUGAAGCCAAGUUCCUCACCAGCCCCUCAGUAGAACUCGUGGCAUUCCUGUUUGCUGCCGUUGUCACGCACGCAUGGGCGCCGAUUGAGUGUUUUCCGGCCAUAAUGGAGCAGAUGGGCAACAUGUAUGUGCGGCGGCUGCUCAUUGUUGAUUUCCUGGAUGCUGCCUUCAAGCGCGUGGGCCGGCUGGGAGUGGAUGCCCUGGUGCAAGAUCUACGGGGAAUAGACAGGCUGCUGGGAGUGAAUGAGGAGAGGCUGCCUUCAGUCAAGGAGCUUAGCAACUGCAAGGCCAUCCUUGAACGAGACUAUCUUCCCUCCUUCAUUCCCCCGCGGGCACUGGAUGAACUUCAAGGCCUCCUCGCUCUCCCCCUACUUAUCCAAGGCCCACCCCUGCGCAUGCAAUGCAUCCUUACCGAACCUCUCGCCUUCAACCGGCUGCUCCUCAAACCCGACGAGAGACCUUUCGGCACCCGCCAACACGAGCGAUUCCUGCUUACACGACAACCCCGCAUCGGACACAUUGUCCGAAUCACCAACUUCGACGUCAGCCCCAUCUCUGCUCAGGAAUUCUGCUCCCAUCUCCCGGCAGAAUUCCAUGACGACGCCACACGUCUCCUCCCAGAUCUCAUAAAGGCUAUCAAGCCUCCCUGGUGGGCCGGCCUACGAUCCCCUCACUCGUCCUCUGCCUCCCCCGGAGAUUGGUUCAUGCUCUCGGAUGAUCACUACUCCAUAUCUCACCUCGUUAUCCAGCCGAGCCGCCAACAGGAUAUCCUCUUCAGAAUCUACACACUAACUCUCCCCUCUGGAUCACGCUCCCAAUAUUUCAACGACCGAGGGGUGUGUCCCCGGUGUCCCGCUGCCGUUGUAGAGACACUGCCGCAUAUCUUCUUCGAAUGCGCCUCCGCCGGAAAUGUCAUCUCUGCUGUGCGCACAGUCGCUGACCGUCACCUCGGACAAACCUCCCCCGCUGAACACAUCUUCUUCCCUAUACAGUCACGGAGCGCCAAGAGCGGCUUCAACCCGUCCGUCUGCCAGAUUUGCGGCGACGAUGUCGGCCGUACGGUGGAGGGCGACCUCUUCAUUGCCUGUAACGAGUGUGCUUAUCCCGUGUGCCGCCCGUGCUACGAGUACGAGCGCAAGGAGGGUAGCAGGGCUUGUCCUCAGUGCAAAUCCUCCUACAAGCGACUCAAGGGAAGUCCUCGGAUUGACACGGAUGACGACGAGGAUGAUACGGAUGACGUGGAACAGGAAUUCGGCAUCUCGGAGAACAGCAGCGGUCGGGAUGAUGGCACCCGUCGCGGCAUGUCGCAGCAGCACGGGGAUCCUCAGCACCAGGGCCAGCAGCAGAUGCACCCGGAUGGUUCUAACGCGUACGACUCGUACCACGUCGGAUCGCACUACCCCAUGCUGACGUCAGGGCAGGUGGACCCCGAUAUGAGCAUGUCGUCAGAUUACAACAACGCGGGCGCCAUGGUCCCCGCCUCCGCGCUCCCCAACCAGGCGUACAACUACUCGCAGAGCAACGCCGGCGACAUGUCCAUGGACGUGCGCGCGCUGGACCCGAGCAAGGACCUGGGCGACUACGGGUACGGCAGCGUGGUGUGGAAGGAUCGCCUCGAGGCGUGGAAGCAGCAGCAGGGCCGCGGCGGGCCCAUGGGCGGCAUGGGCAUGAACGGCGCGCCGCCCGCGCCGCCCGUCCCCGGCCCGGACCCCAUGGACACGGCCGACCUGCCCAACAUGGACGAGUCGCGCCAGCCGCUUUCGCGGAAGGUGCACUACCCGUCGUCGCUGAUCUCCCCGUACCGGCUGAUCAUCAUCAUUCGGCUGUUCGUGCUCGCAUUCUUCCUGCGCUGGCGGUGCCUGAACCCCGUGGAUGGCGCGUGGUGGCUGUGGCUCAUGUCCGUCAUCUGCGAGGUCUGGUUCGCCUUCUCCUGGAUUCUCGAUCAGUUCCCCAAGUGGAUGCCCAUCAAGAGAGAGACGUAUCUCGACCGGCUCGCGCUUCGCUAUGAGCGGCGCGGCGAGCCGUCGCAGCUCGCGGCCGUCGAUCUGUUCGUGUCAACGGUGGAUCCGGCCAAGGAGCCGCCGAUUACGACGGCGAACACGCUGCUUUCGAUCCUGUCCGUUGAUUACCCGACGGAGAAGGUGUCCUGCUACGUGCACGACGAUGGUGGCGCCAUGCUGACGUUCGACUCGAUGAGCGAGUGCAGCGAAUUCGCGAGGCGCUGGGUGCCGUUCGCGAAGCGUUACAAGAUCGAGCCGCGGUGCCCCGAGAUGUACUUCACGCAGAAGGUGGACUACCUGAAGGACAAGGUCGACCCGCAAUUCGUCAAGGACCGCCGCGCCAUCAAGCGCGAGUACGAGGAGUUCAAGAUCCGGAUCAACAUGCUGGUGGCCAAGUCGCAGAAGGUGCCCGACGAGGGCUGGACCAUGCAGGACGGCACGCCGUGGCCCGGCAACAAGUCGCGCGACCACCCGGGCAUGAUCCAGGUGUUCCUGGGUCCCAGCGGCGGCACGGACGUGGAGGGCAACAUGCUGCCGCGCCUCGUGUACGUCAGCCGUGAGAAGCGCCCCGGAUACAACCACCACAAGAAGGCCGGUGCCAUGAACUCCCUGAUCCGCGUGUCAGCCGUGUUGACGAACGCGCCGUACAUGCUGAAUCUGGAUUGCGAUCACUACAUCGCGGACAGCAAGGCGCUGCGCGAGGCCAUGUGCUUCAUGAUGGACCCCAACGUCGGCAAGAAGUGCUGCUACGUGCAGUUCCCGCAGCGAUUCGACGGCAUUGAUCCCAACGAUCGAUACGCCAACAACAACACCGUCUUCUUCGAUAUCAAUCUGCCCGGGCUGGAUGGCAUUCAGGGGCCGUGCUACGUGGGUACCGGAUGCUGCUUCCGCCGGCGCGCGCUGUACGGGUACGAUCCGCCCAAGCCCAAGAACAAGCGCAACAAGUGCGGCGUGCUCUGCUCCUGCUUCUCCUGCUGCGGCGGCGGCGGGCGCGGGGAGAAGGGCGGGCGCAAGGGGCGCAAGGGCGACGAGGACGAGGGGACGCUUCCGCUGUACGACGGCGAGGAAGUGGGCGAGGGCGACAGCCUGGUGGCGCUGAAGAAGUUUGAGAAGAAGUUCGGGCAGUCGCCCGUGUUUGUGCUCUCCACGUUCCACGAGGAUGGCGGCGGAGUGGCGUCCGCCAGCCCGGGGUCGACGCUCAAGGAGGCCAUUCACGUCAUCUCGUGCGGCUAUGAGGAGAAGACCGAGUGGGGCAAGGAGCGCAUUGUCUCCCUCCUCAUCAACCGUCCCUCUCUUCCUCUUCUCGUCACUUGCUCUCCCUCCCUGCAGCUUGGCUGGAUCUACGGGUCAGUCACAGAGGAUAUUCUCACGGGCUUUAAGAUGCACUCCCGCGGAUGGCGCUCCAUCUACUGCAAGCCCAAGCGCCCCACCUUCAAGGGAGGCGCGCCCAUCAAUCUGUCCGACCGUCUGCAGCAGGUGCUUCGCUGGGCUCUGGGCUCAGUGGAAAUCUUCCUCUCGCGCCAUUGCCCCAUCUGGUACGGCUGGAAGGGCAACAACCUCAAGGUUCUGCAGCGGCUGUCGUACACCAACACUGUGGUGUACCCGUUUACGUCCUUCCCGCUGCUAGUCUACUGCACCAUUCCCGCCAUCUGCCUGUUCACAAACAAGUUCAUUGUUCCCGCGCUGGACACCACUUCCACGCUCUACUUUAUUGCUCUCUUCAUGACCAUUUUCGCCACGGGUCUGCUGGAGAUGCGGUGGAGCGGUGUGGGCAUGACGGACUGGUGGCGCAAUGAGCAGUUCUGGGUGAUUGGAGGCGUGUCGGCGCAUCUCUUCGCCGUGUUCCAGGGCCUGCUGAAGGUCCUCGCCGGUAUCGACACCAACUUCACGGUCACGGCGAAGCAGGCGGAAGAUGGGGAGUUUGCAGAGCUUUAUCUGUUCAAGUGGACUUCUCUGCUCAUCCCGCCGCUCUUCCUGCUCAUCAUCAACUUCCUUGGGAUUGUCUGCGGCGUGGCGACGGCCAUGAACACGGGCGAUGGCAACUGGGGCCCGCUGUUUGGCAGGCUUUUCUUCUCCUUCUGGGUCAUCAUGCAUCUGUAUCCCUUCAUGAAGGGUUUGGGCGGGCGCAACCAGGCGAUUCCCACGAUUGUCAUUGUGUGGUCGGUGCUGCUCGCGUCCAUCUUCUCGCUGCUCUGGGUUAAGAUUGACCCCUUCUCUUCUACGGAGCCCAACCCAAGCGAUAACCUGCAGCAAUGCGGCGUGUCGUGCUAG